CGCGCGCAGGCGCGGCGCGGUGCACCGUGGGAUACUGCGGCCCGGGCAGGCUGCACCGGCGGAGCGGGCGGCGGCGCGAUGGCCUCCAGCAGCGGCACCGACGUGAUCCAGGUCACCAACGUCUCGCCCAGCGCCAGCUCGGAGCAGAUGCGGACCCUCUUCGGCUUCCUGGGCAAGAUCGAGGAGCUGCGCCUCUUCCCCCCCGAUGACUCCCCCUUGCCGGUGUCGUCGCGCGUGUGCUUUGUAAAGUUCCACGACCCCGACUCGGCCGUGGUGGCCCAGCACCUGACAAACACUGUGUUCGUUGACAGAGCCCUCAUAGUCGUUCCCUAUGCUGAAGGAGUCAUUCCUGAUGAGACUAAGGCUUUGUCUCUCCUGGCACCAGCUAAUGCCGUGGCAGGGCUGCUGCCCGGGGGUGGCCUGCUGCCCACUCCCAACCCUCUCUCUCAGAUUGGUGCUGUCCCUUUAGCUGCUCUAGGAGCUCCUGCUCUCGACCCUGCCCUUGCUGCUCUUGGGCUUCCUGGAGCCAACCUGAACUCCCAGUCUCUUGCAGCAGAUCAGCUCCUAAAACUGAUGAGCACAGUGGAUCCAAAGCUGAACCACGUGGCUGCAGGUCUCGUGUCCCCCAGUCUGAAAUCAGAUACCUCCAGUAAGGAAAUAGAAGAGGCCAUGAAGAGAGUCCGAGAAGCACAGUCCUUAAUCUCUGCUGCUAUAGAGCCAGACAAAAAAGAUGAAAAGCGAAGACAUUCGAGGUCGAGGUCGCGCUCGAGGAGGAGGAGGACACCUUCCUCAUCCAGACACAGACGCUCCAGGAGCAGGUCAAGGAGAAGGUCCCAUUCCAAAUCCAGAAGCAGGAGGCGAUCCAAAAGCCCGAGGAGAAGGAGAUCUCAUUCCAGAGAGAGGAGCAGGAGGUCUCGGAGCACAUCCAAAACCAGGGAUAAAAAGAAGGAAGAGAAAGAAAAGAAACGUUCUAAAACUCCCCCCAAAAGCUACAGCACAACCAGAAGAUCCAGAAGCACAAGCAGGGAGCGGCGGCGCCGGCGCAGCCGGAGCGGGACGCGCUCCCCGAAGAAGCCCCGGUCUCCCAAACGGAAAAUGUCCCGGUCGCCGUCGCCCAGAAGGCAUAAAAAGGAAAAGAAGAAGGACAAAGACAAGGAGAGGAGCAGAGACGAGAGGGAGCGGUCAACGAGCAAGAAAAAGAAGAGCAAAGACAAGGAGAAGGAUCGAGACCGGAAAUCCGAGAGCGACAAGGAUGUGAAAGUCACAAGGGACUACGACGAGGAGGAACAGGGCUACGACAGCGAGAAGGAGAAGAAGGAGGAGAAGAAGGUGGCGGACGCUCCCUCCCCCAAAGGGAAGGAGCCCGCGGCCGAGAAGGGCAGCGGGGACCCGGGCAGGGAAUCCAAGGUGAACGGGGACGACCACCACGAGGAGGACAUGGACAUGAGCGACUGAGCCGCCCACAGCCCCUCAGUGUGAUCCUUUAUGCUGUACUUGUUAAUCCUCAACCUAGAUGUAUCCAGCUCCGAGCUCUCCAUGGUCUGUCCAUCCCGAUACUAACUCACACCCAAAGCUUGAGACAGGGAUCCCCUGCUCGGGGGCCCAGCUGGGGCCGGGCCAGCCCGCACGUCCCUCCCACAGCAGGGGCUGGGCCUCCCUCCCUGCUUCCCUCCCUCCCUCCCUCCCUCCGGAGUGUCCCGGGCUGAGCCAGCAGUGUGGCAGCAUCCCAGGGGCGUGGGGAGUGUGGCACAGCCCCUGUCCCGUGGGAAUGCCCUGGGAGUGUGGCACAGCCCCUGUCCCAUGGGAAUGCCCUGGGAGUGGCACAGCCCCUGUCCCCUGGGAAUGCCCUGGGAGUGUGGCACAGCCCCUGUCCCGUGGGAAUGCCCUGGGAGUGGCACAGCCCCUGUCCUGUGGGAAUGCCCUGGGACUGGCACAGCCCCUGUCCCCUGGGAAUGCCCUGGGACUGUGGCACAGCCCCUGUCCUGUGGGAAUGCCCUGGGAUGUGGCACAGCCCCUGUCCCCUGGGAAUGCCCUGGGAGUGGCACAGCCCUCCUGUCCUGCAGCCACCGAGGGGUCGGCCUUGGAUCGCACCAGCUCUUGGUGCUCUUGGCUUUAGUUGUGGUUUUAAGCCACGUGCUGGGCUUGGUUGGGUUUGCUUUCCGGUGGGUUUUGGUUGGCUUUGCCCAGGGCUCUGUCUCCACUGUGUCCGUUCAGCCCUCGGGAAGGGGAAUCCUGGCCGUGCCCAGUGAGGGAGGGUUGGGGGAGCAGCCUCGCCCAGGGCUGGGGCUCAGGAGCUCACCCGCUGCAGCAGGGAGUGCAUUUUAAAAUGACCUUGGUCUGUUUUUAAAGCAAGUCCAUUGAUAAUGUACUUUUUACUUGAUCUCAAGUUGUACAAACGGAUAAAUUUGUGUUCCUGUCCCGGCCGUUCCCUCCCUCCCGCACUCGGUGAUCCCAUGGUAUUUGCAGAGUAGUUACCCAAAGCUGUUCCUUAGUUCCAGCAGCUCCAGAGCUUUUACUUUUGUGCAGGUAAAGAGACAAAAGUAGCCGACAGUCUGUGCCAUGUCGAUGUACAGUUUCGGAAAAUGUUUUACAAAACUUUGAUAAUAAAACCCUGAAACUUCA